UUGCAGCCAAUCUAUGUUUGGCAUUGAACUUUGGUGUCGUAUAUAUAAAAUGCGCAGUAAACUACUCACAGACAUUCAGUCAAACAUCGAAAAUGCUGCGUCUGACUUCCUUCGUUCUCCUCUGCUUUGCAGUUACCUUGGGAUGGGCCACUCCUAUUGGUAAGGCCCUAGGAGAAAGAGAUCCGGAGUACAAUUUGGACCUGUUUGAAGGAGACAUCAUGGGUGUUGCCCCAGGGGAACAACCAAGGAGUGCCGUCGUUGAUCCCACUUUGCUCUGGCCUAAUGGCAUUGUUUAUUACACCGUAGAUGAGCCCGCAUUUACUGCGCAAGAGCUAGCCACCCUUAUGGAAGCCUUUGCCAUUUAUGAAGCAAAUUCUUGCAUCAGAUUUGUCCAGCGUACAACCGAAGAAUAUUAUGUCUCCGUUGAAAAGACUGGUGGCGGAUGCUACAGCUACAUUGGUAGACGGCCAAGAAUUUUGCAGCCACAGACUUUGUCUCUCGACGCAGGCUGCUUCCGUUGCACAGUCUCCGGAUGCAAACCAGGAACACCGCAACAUGAAUUUUUACACGCCCUUGGUUUCUAUCACGAGCAGAGCAGGACGGAUCGUGAUGAUUACGUUACUAUUAACUACGACAACAUUCAGCCUGGUUAUGAAAACAACUUCCAAAGCUACGGCACAGACGUAAUCACAGAUCAAGGAUUUCCUUAUGAUUACGGAUCUGUCAUGCACUACUCAGCGUACGCUUUUGCUGUUGAUCCUUCCAUUCCAACUAUUAUCGUACCCGACGGAGUUUCGAUUGGUCAACGAGAUGGAUUUAGUGAACUUGAUUUGGCCGAGCUCAAUAAACUGUAUGGGUGUGCUGCAAAGAAAUAAAAGGGCACAGAACUUGUUUGCGCCCAUUUUAGUUAUAAACUAAUAAAAAAUAAAUCAGUCAAACAUUUAAUCUUAUUUUAAACUUCGCCGUAUAUUGUAGUUACGAACAAGAGGAUUCUUUCAUUUAGUUAAUGGAGAAGAAAGACAAGGGUGAAGUUAGCUACUUAAUUUUUACAGCUUUUACCAAUUAAUGAUAAAUAAGUAGUUAAAUACAAUUUGGACAUAUUAAA